AUGCUGUUCACCAAAUAUCUGCUUUUGUCUUUCAUGGUGGUACGAGUGCAGUUAUUUUUGCACCAACUUCAGCCGUUCCUGUUUGUGAACAUUAAUGAUACAGCAAAGAUCCAGUGCUCUUCCAAAGAACAAUUUUUAGCAGGAGGUGUGACAGCUCAGUGGUACAGGAGACGAGAAGGCGAGGCCCCCAUGUUAAUUAAGAGCUGCUCAGAUAAUCAAAAUGUAAAUAAAGUUGCUUGCAUAUUGGAAGGACACAACUUGACACUGGCAAUCUACAAUGCCCAACGGAAUGACUCUGGGGUUUAUUACUGUACCGAUUCGUACAUCAUCUUCUUGACUUUUGGCAACGGAUCCACCCUGAUUGUUGGAGACAGUUACACCACUAGCAGUUGGGUGCUGCCUCUGGCUCCAUCUCCCCACAGCCUCCUCUCCCCCGGGACGGCUGAUCUGGCCUGCGUGGUCCAUGGAGUGUCCAGCCCAGUCCAAAUUUCCUGGAGUAUUUCUGGGGAUCUGCAGGAACAGGGGCUGACACGUUCACUGAAAGCAAAGGAUGGCUCCUUGGUGUUCAUAAAUCACAUCAGUGUCCCCGUGGCCACCUGGACCAGUGGGAAGAAUUUCACCUGUGAUGUUAAAUUCAACUCUUCUGGCAAGAGUGUGAAGAAAAUUGCCAGGUUUAUUGAAGCCACUACUUGUGUCUGUUUUUUUGCUUCCUCCACAGCCCCUGCCAGCGAGUGCUCACAUUACAUUGUGCCCCUUGCGGCUGGUGCUGGUCUGCUGCUGCUGGUGGUGUCUCUGAGCCUCGUCUGGACCCUCUGCCCUUCCACGCUAGGAUUCAAGCCCAGGAUCUCAGCAUCUCCAGCUUCAGAGGAGCACCAGGGUGGAAUCUUAUACGCUCAUCUGGAUUUCGAUUCAUGGAAUCGCAACGGGCGCACGAUGCAGCGAUCGGCCAGAGGGAAAAGUGUAAAACCGUGA